AGAUCUCUGGCAUAAAACAGUGGGAUCCAGGGCCACAGGAAAUUCAUUACUCCACAAGUCAGCCCUUCAGUUCAAAAAAAAUGCUACCGAUUUUGACUUUACUUCUCUUGGUGACGUCUGCAACGUCCUCAAGAAAUAAACACAAGGAACAUGGCUUUCCACAGCAAAUGGUAGAACCCACGACUUCAUUCGCCAUGACCCGACUUGCAAUGUCUCAAGCAAACUUCGGUUUCGAUUUGUACCGUGCCGUUGCGCAAGAAAGCCCUGGAGAAAACAUCUUCAUGUCUCCCCUGACCACUUCGUUGGUACUUGCCAUGCUUACUGCUGGGGCUCAUGGAGCUACAGAACAAGCCCUUUCCAAAACUCUUUACUUUUCUCAUCUCCGCAACCCCAACGUGCACAGCACAUUCUGUGACCUCAUCCAGAAAAUCACUUCUGGGAAAAGUGUGUCCAAAAUGGCAGCUCGCAUCUUUGCAGCAAGAAACAUUAAAAUCAAAAAGGAAUUUUUGGAUGUAGUUGAACAAAACUACCAUGCAAAACCAGAAAAUCUCCAUGGUCCUGAAGAAAAAGACCUAAAAAAAAUAAAUAGUUGGGUGGAAGAAAAGACGGAUGGGAAAAUCAAAGAUUUUCUUCAGGAGCUUCCGAGCAAUUUAAGGAUGCUACUCCUGAGUGCUAUCUACUUCAAGGGGAAGUGGGAACAGCAAUUCUAUAAAGAUAAUACAUCACCAGUCUGGUUCCAUAUCAACGAAGAAAACAAAACCAUGGUGGACAUGAUGUAUGACUCUAUAUACCCAGUAAAGGCAGGACGUCAUCCAUACCUGCCAUACAAAGUUGCACAACUUGAGUUCCAGGGUGACAAAGACAUGUUGAUAUUUCUGCCUGACGAAGUGACGACCAACCUGACCGCCCUGGAGCAGAGUCUGUCCUCCGAUCUGCUGCUCAACCUCACCGAGUCACAGCUGAAAUCAGGAAAUCGCAUAGUUUAUCUUCCUCGCCUGCGCCUCAAAAUGAAAAAGGACCUUUCAACUGCACUCAACCACCUUGGUUUGGAUGACCUGUUCAUGGCACCGGACUUCCAUAAGAUAUCCGAGGAGCCCCUGAUAGUUUCUGCCGUCACCCACGUAGCCACCAUGGACUUAACGGAGGAGGGGGCGGAGGCAGCGGCGGUGACCGGCGUUUUCCUCUCCCGUACCAAUCCCAUCUACCCCGUGUUCAAAGUGGACCGGCCCUUCCUCUUCCUCAUUCGUGACACGUCUACAGGCACCGUGCUCUUCCUCGGACGGGUCAUGGACCCGACCGACGCAGCCGUCGAGGAGGAAGAGGAGGGUGCGGAGGGCAAUCACGGGAAGCGUCGCCGCGGGCACGGCAAACGCCUGCACAAAACCCCCACCACAGGGCACUGAUUGCACGAUCAAAGCCCUCCCCCCCCGGGCAAGGGCGUACACAAAUCACAAUGCGCAUUCACAUUUUGUUAAGUAUACGCAAAGUGCCGCAGCGACGUUGGGGUCAAUUUGGCCGCAGAGGGAUCUCUCUUUUAGCUCGACACGAGGAGUAAACGACCAUCUAGGAAAUGUACUAGAAGAGACAAUCUGUCAUUUUAGUACCUGCAUAAUUCUCCACUUGACAGUCAUGUAAAUGAUCUCUUCCAUGUUAUACAACUGGCAGACACCCUAUUUUACUCAAGAUCUUCAAAGUGGUACAAAAAUGUCAUAAAUAUUAUUUUAUAUACUGGAUUUGUUUUGAUUAUUUUCAAUUAAUCUGUAAAAAUGCAAUAUUAGCAGAUGUUUGCUUUCUUAUCCAAGCGUGACUAUGUACAAAAUUAAAUGAACACAUGGAUCCGGAUGCCACAUUAUAUUUGUAACACUAGCUGUGAAAUACGACACCACGCGUUGCAUGCAAGCAGUGUAAUGUCUUUGGGAAAAGGUGUAUGCAAAAUUGUUUUUUUGAUAGACGAAAAUGACAACGUCCCAAAUAAUAUCAAGGCUUAUCACUGUAUUUAACUCCUGAUUCAACUAUUAUUCUAAAAAAUGUUGUUUAUGUUUAAAAAACGUCACACCUUGCUAAAUGAUAAAAAAACAUGUAAUUAGGGAAGGCAAAUAUAUAACAAAUGGAGUGAA